AUGAAUGCAGCCUAUCUUCUAGACGGAACUAAUACUCCUCUAGACGAUAACAGGUCCAGAAAGAACAAGAAAUUUGACUUAAUCAGAGAAUUAAAAGAAGAAGCGUUUUCCGGGGUAAUUGAUCCAACAUUUCUCAUUGAUAGCUCAAAUAUCAUUAGAUACGCAUCUCCUUCUGUCACAGAUACCUUUAAUUCAUGUCCAGCAAUCGGAAUUACUCGAAUUGACGCAUAUUUAGCCGAAAAUGGUGUUCUUAUUGACAUCUCUCUUCCUCCUCGCGAACAAUUGAUACUAAAUGCCGAAAGGAAGACCUCAGAUGGCGCUGUUUUCAUAUUCAAACUGAUUUUCAGGCCGAUUUCGGACUUUACAUUGAAUGGAGCCAAAAUCAACUACGCUCUUAUCAUUGUAGACAAGACAAUCAAGAAAGGUAUCGCUAAAAGAAUGGUCCGAGAAGAGGCAAUCCUUGAAAGAACGAUAACAUCUUUCGUUCCUAAGGGAUUUACCCAUAAAUUGGCCCCAUUUUUGGGCGUGGCCUAUGUCACUUUUUCCGGGGAAGCUGUUGAUGAAAAAGCUGUAGAAGUUACAACUAAGAUCAUGGAAUUUGCAUCGGAAGGAAACGACCUUCAGCCGAUAUUUAGAUCCUUACAGGCAUUCAGAGUCAACAGUGGAGCUUUGGUUGACAAAACAGCAACACAAGCUGUGAAUGAUUUGAUUUUGUUCGCAUUGAAGAUUAAGGAUUGGGCAACACCAUUCAACUAUAAGUAUAAGAUCACGAUAUCUGUGUAUGAAAACGCUUUGGUUGAAACAGAUAUGACAAUUGCACCCCAUUUCGACUUUUUGACGCCAAGAAUCACACAAGACUUGGAAAUUUAUCUGUUUGACCAACCAUGUAUAUUGUUAACAAGGCCUGCUUUUGAUGCUGUUUAUGAUUUGGGAUAUGAACUCGUUUUAUCAACAAAAUCUGUGAGAUUCGGUCAGAGAAUCGAAGUCUAUUCUAUUGUUUGA